AUGGCACUUGCAGCCUUCCUAGCCUCGUGCGAUCGUGCGGCCGAUUAUCCCGUGAAUCUGUUGGACAGUGGGUCUGUAUGUCCAUCUCUCCUUCAAGACUACAAACGACGACUACUUCAGAAGACGAACACCUUAUUUCGCCCGGAGCCAGAUGCUCGAGUGGAGCUUUUCUACUACGAUGAGUGUCAAAGAUCGUUUGGCGGCAAUCUUUCCACCUCCCUUCCCGAGCUUAAGCGUCACCUCGCAGGCUCUACCACCCAUGUGCAGAAGGACAAGCCAUGCACCUUUGUCUUUGUCGGGGCCCCUAACGCGCGACGGGCGUUGUACAUCAGCCUUGCCAUGUCACAGUGGAUCUUCUCGGUCUUUCAAGUUCUCCCAAGCUUUUUGGAGUUCUUGUUUGUUUUUGGCGAGUCCCUGUAUCCGGUGGACUCGCAGUUCAGCGGCUUCCGGGAGGAUUGCCGGCUCGAAACGACUCUCCAGAGACAGAAGAUCACGGAGCUCGAGCGGUCGGGCCAGGAUUACCAAAUUUGCUACAACCUGAAAUCGUUUGAGAGAAAGGAGGGUUUGCAAUGGCCAUGGUCAUGUCGGCAGACGGUCGUGUUCCAUGCCUUCGACGCACAGCAAGGGCAAGCGACCUGGAUCACGAUCAAAGCGAACGACGUUAUUCGUGAACGUCUGAAGGAGGCGUCGGAUAUGAUCUUGUCCAGGGAUCCAAGUGCCUUUACAACAUUGUCGAAUAAAUUCGCCAACACGCUUACCAAUCACCUUGUAGUCGUCGAGUGGUGCGCAGAGACCUGCAGAAGGUACCUCAGCGACAUCGAGGAGAAUCUGCAAACCAUCAGGCGUCGCGCUGAGGCAGAUAAAGUGAGCAAUUUCGUCCCGACCGACGACAUCAUGCCCACCACCGCCGCUGGUAUACCAAUGAGCAACUUGACUCCGGGGAGAAGCUGGACAUUACGACACGGCAGCACCCGCACAAACACUGCCGCUUCUCAGAAGUCCACGCUUGGGUCGGUGCCUCAGCCAUCGCAGCCUUUACCGUCCAGCAUCGCUGUGAAUGUGCCUGUCGGGUACCGAGAUCCACCCCACCUGCCUCCAGAAUACGAUCCUAGAUAUCGGAUUGCACAGCCAGACGAGGAACAGCAUGCGUACAAGAUUGACGAGCUCCAGCAAGCCCAGCACUUGGAGAGUCACGUCAGUGACGCUAUUCUUGUGUUCAAGAGUAAUUUCCUUGUCCUCUCCCAAAUCGACACCUUCUACAGACGGCUUGCCCAAUCACAAGACCUGGAUUCUGCGUUGCGAACAAGCAUGCAGACAUCGGUGCAUCGAUUCUCGAAGCGGAUGGAAUCGGUGCGAAACGAUCUGCAGAUGCACCUUGACCGGCUUGAUAUCAUCUCCAAGCUGAUUGCGGAGUACAAGAACUUACUCUACGGGAUCCUGGAAUAUCAGAGCAUGCAAGCCAACAAAACGUUCGCCCUGGAAGCGCGGGCAUCUGCCAAGCGUAUGGAGGACAUGACGCAGAAGAUGCGAGACAUGACAUUCAAGACGACGUUCGAAACCGUCUUGAUGCGAAUCAUCACCGUAGUCACGGUAUUCUUCCUGCCGGCGACCUUUGUUUCCACCAUGAUGUCGACCGACAUGGUUCAAUACGACAGAUCAGACUCGACCAUCAGGUCGGGCAGAACCUCGCUCGGUGCAGUCAAGCUCUUCCUCUGUGUUACCUUCUCGUUGAUGGUGCCCACAUUUGCGUCCGGGUGCGCUCUUUACUGGUGGGCGCUGCGUCGGGCAGCGUAG